AUGACAUGGAAUGACGAUGUAGCAUACGCUAUGACUCCCUUCAAACUCUUAACUCUGCCAUUAGGCGUUUGGCCUUUGCAAAAAUAUAAUACAUUUGCUUUAAUUCGUUCUAUCAUAUCCGGCUCCAGUUUGACCGCGAUGAUGAUCAUGUUGUUUCUCGAAAUCGUUUUCGGUAGCAGCGAUGUAUAUAUAAAGCUCGAUGCUCUUAUGCUUAUGUUCUGCAACGUUCUUUCUGUACUGAAGAUAUUGUCAUUCCGUAUAUAUGCCAAUAAUAUGAUUCGCAAUUUCACUUCUGCUAUAAACGAUUAUCUCGCGAUCGACAACAAGAAGAAGCAUGCGAUUAUGCGACAACACGCAUUCAUAGGAAGGAUGAUUAGCUGCAGUAUCUUAUUUUUCGCUUAUUUGGCUUCAACAAUUUUCUGUCUGGUGCCUAUAAUAGCUGGCGAUGGAGGAGACAUUCAAGUUAAUAUAUCUAUCAAAAAUCAAGCAUCAGAUUUACCCGUACCCUUAACAUGGUCGUUAGGAAGCUAUCAUCUCUCUGCGAAUUUAUUCUUCGUGAUAUCUAUUGUGCAAUAUUUUCUAUUGGUGCUCAAUAGCAACUGCAAUUGUGGCAGUGAUUCACUUUUUCUCGCUAUCACUACACAUGUUUGUGGGCAAAUGGAAAUCCUAAAAAUGGAAUUUGUCAAUUAUGGCGUGGAAAGCAAGAACAUAUUUGAAGAUUUUUCAAAAUUGGCAUCAAGACAUCGUUAUUUAAUGGAGCAUGCGGAACUUCUCGUCGAAGUAAUAAGUUUCGUUUUGCUUGUGCAAAUGCUGUUUAGUUGUCUUAUUAUUUGUUUGAUCGGUUUCCAAUUUAUUUUGGCAUUGAAAUCGCAUGAUGUAGUGAUGAUAACUAAAACCAUAACAGUGAUGGGCGCUCUAUUGUUACAGUUAUUCUUUUAUAGUUUCGUGGGCGACUAUCUGAAGUGUCAAAUGGAAGAUAUCGCUCAGUCUAUCUACAGUUGUAAUUGGUACUGCUUUCCACUGAAAUUAAUGAGGAAUGUUUUAUUCGUCAUUAUGCGGUCGCAGCAACCUGUCCAACUGUUAGCUGGCAGAUUUUUCGUCGUAACUAUCGAGACUUAUAUGACCAUAUUAAAAAGUUCUCUCUCGUAUUUGUCCGUUCUGCGAGUGAUGGUGGACACAUAG